GGAGAAAUCCCUGUUUGACGAGGGGAGGGAGAGAUGUGAUUGUUGGGUGUCUUAGAGGAGAGGAGACUGAUCACAAUCAGAGCAAAAGUCGGACCGCUGAGCCAGGGAGCGCUCCCAAACACAUGGGACCUGGGAGAAAAGUAAAAGUGUCGUCGGAGUAAAGUGACUUCGUACAUUGUUUGUUUCUCCUUCAGUCUUCUCCUCGUCGUCCUCUUCCUCCGCCCUGCAUUCCGCUGAGCAGCUGUGCUUUAAUGCCCCUACGCACCCGAGAAGGAGAGGACGGAGAAAGGAGUGAGGAAGAAGAGGCAGACGAGAAGGUGAGGAGGCCUGGACACCACCCGCCCCCGCUCUGUGGGACUGCGUCCACUCUCCCCUCCUGGCCCUGCAUGGACGGGGAUGGGGAGAGCCGGAUGCUGUUGCCGCGGGGCUGAGCGCCUCGCUUCCCCGUCUGUGGUGCGCCGCUUCCGGCCGCUGUUGCUGCUGAUCAUCGGUCUCUGCUGCGGUGCACACAUAGGCCAGUGCCAAGUGGCCACCACCCAGUGUCGCAUUCAGAAGUGCACCACUGACUUCGUCUCCCUUACCUCCCACCUGAUGCCCACCGUGGAUGGAUUUCACACUGAGUUUUGCAAGGCUCUGCGUGCAUACUCGGCCUGCACCCAGAGGACAGCAAAGGCCUGCCGAGGAAACCUGGUUUUCCACUCAGCCGUGCUGGGCAUCUCGGAUCUCAUGAGUCAGCGGAACUGUUCCAGAGAUGGCCCAACUCCCUCUGCGCGGCCCGAAGUCCACCCAGAACCUUGCAACUAUCACAGCCGUACCCAGCACACCCACACACACUCCCACAUCCUCUCUCACUCUCACAGCCAUGGCCACGGCCGCCCUCGGCUUGGGUACUUGUUCUGUGGGCUGUUCGGGGACCCGCAUCUGAGAACAUUUAAGGACAGCUUCCAGACUUGUAAGGUGGAGGGUGCAUGGCCUCUUAUUGAUAAUGACUAUCUGUCGGUGCAGGUCACUAAUGUUCCAGUGGUUCCUGGCUCCAGUGCAACCGCAACCAACAAGAUCACCAUCAUCUUCAAGCCUUAUGAGGGCUGCACAGACCAGAGGGUCUACCAGGCUGUCACAGACAGCCUCCCAGCUGCCUUUGAUGAUGGAACAGUGAGCAGCGGUGACCCCAUCCACACCUCCUUCGGUGCUGACGGUGCAGUUGGGAAGGUCCGGGCUCUGUGGAUCUCUGAACGCAGCCCUGGACACCAUGUGGAGCUGCACGCUGGCUACAUUGGUGUGACUGUAAUUAUUCGGCAGCUGGGGCGUUACCUGACGUUGGCCGUGCGGAUCCCUGAGGAGUUGGCUCAGGCCUACGAUGAUACCCAGGAUCUGCAGCUCUGCCUGAAUGGCUGUCCCAGCAGCGAACGCAUCGACCAAGCGGGACACCUCCCUUUGCCGCUUUCUCCACCUGCACUUGGCCUGCAGCGACAGCAGCUACGCCGACCCAUCUACUCCUCACAGACACAGGCAUACCCCUUUGGUGCUUCACAUGUUUUAGGCAUGGAAGGGGCGAAGGAGCGCUGCAGCAAGCAGCUGGAAGUCCUGGACAUCUACUUUCACUCUUGUGUGUUUGAUCUCCUGACCACUGGAGAUGCUAACUUCACAUUGGCUGCACACAGCGCCCAGAAGGACAUGGAGAGCCUUCAUCCGCACCGGGAUAGAUGGAGAAUAUAUCCCCGUGGCUCUGCAAACUCCUACUUCCACUCCGACUUUCAGCUUAUCAAAAAGCUCGCUCUGCUCCUGCUGUGUGCUCUGAGCGUUGUAUUCAUGUGAGAAUAGCAGUCCCUGCGUGCCUGAAUGCAAGUAGGCUUGUGUAUGUGCACUACAGAGGGAGUUUAGAGACAAUUUGUUUAGCUGAGCACUGAUACUGAGCACUGAUGAAGAGAAAAAAACAGCAAGUUUUUAAAUGCGGGGUGGGCAUGACACCCCCACCCCUAUGUGCACAGGAAUGCCUGGCAGCACUAACUGCAUUUCACCUGGCAGUCAGAACCAUCAGAUGCAACUGACAAUGAGACAAAUGUUUCUGUGUGGGUAAAUCAUCUGUAAAUAGUUAUCUUUUUUCUCAAGUGCACAGUGUGAUAGUAUAGAGAUUGUUUUGUUUAGGUCAUUUCAUGUGAUUUUUUAAAUACCUCAGUCAGAGGAAGUUUGUUUUAAUGAAAGCACUUUAUUUUUACCAUUUUUUACACAAUGCCAGGCAGUGUUUCUGUUUCUUCACCAAAAACCAAUCACUAUUCAAGUAUUUGUGUUUAGUUGUUUUUUGCUCCUUUCAGAAUGAGCUGAAUUGAAGGAGCUGCCACUGAUACUAAAAUUAACCAUUCUUCCAGCUGCUGAUCAGGUUCAGCAUCUCAUUAAAGUCAGUUAAAUGUGAGCUUUUCUGUUGAAUGUAUUAUCUUUCUUGUUGCAGCAAAUGCCACCAGUCCUACUGGGUUGUUAUUUGAUUCCAGCUGUGUGUCUGUGGGUGUUUGCAAGGGAUUUGGAUAUUUUCUAACAGCUGAUGAAUGUUUGCUUUAUUUUAUGUGACUCACAAUACAGAUAUUUCAAACUUUUGCCACACUAUUUUGUUUUUAUCGCUCAACAUAAUACAGCUGGUACUUUUCUGGAAGUGAGAGCUUACUUUUAGGAACUUUCUUGGAACUUACCAAGCAUUUCCCCAAAACUUUCCAAGAACUUUCCUGCAACUUUCAUUUAGUUUACUAAUUAUUUUCCAUAAACAUUCAUGAAGUAUAUUGAUUACUUCACAGGAACAUACCAGAUUUUUCUGGGCAAUUUCUAGAGCAUACAGAUUGCUUUCCAGAAACUUAUAAGGUACUUUCCUGGAAAUUUCAUGGGUUUACUGACUACUUUCCUGGAAUUUAGGAAGUACUUCCCUGGAGCUUAAAGGUUAGUUUAUGAAAAUUAGCUAUUUCAGAACUAACCAGGCACUUUACCAGGAGCUACUGUCAGCAGCGGGGCUAUAUUUUCAGGAUAGUGUACUUGUUGGUAAGUUCCGGUAGAGUUCAUGAUAAGUUGCUGAAUGCAAGCUCUAAGAAUCCAAGGAGUACCUGGUCGAUUCCUGGAAAGGAACCAGUAAGUUUAAUAAACGUUCUAGUAAAGCAUCUGGUAUGUGACAAAAACUGACCCACAAGUCCCAGGAAAGUACAGACUGUAUUAUGAUGUGCUACCAUUUGUAGUUUUGAUUUUUACCAAAGACAAAUGGCAUGUUCAAUGUACACAGGAAUCAUGACCCUCCACCAAACCAGCACCUUCAUCCCCCCUCUUUUUAAAAUUUGCUACUGUAAACCAGUUUAUCCUUUGGCCAGGUGUUUCAUUUUGGGAUGCAAGUAAAAUACUGGAUGUAAAGAAAACUCUACAGAUUAUUGAAAUGUGUCUGUAUAAGCACUGUGAUGUGGGAAUCAAUGCCUUGUAGAAUUUUCUGCUCCAUCAAACAUGUAACAUUCUGUAUAUUUAUUCCCAGUUUGUUCGAUCAGCUUUAGUUUUAGUCAUUGUGUAAUCCCCUUUCAUCAUCUGAGUGUCGGUUUGGUGAAGAGUGACUGGUCAGUGUUGAAAUACCUUAACUUAUUUAUGAACGUAGUGUCCUAUAGGGAAAGUUAAGCUCCAUAUUCUUGCUGUUGGAUAAUUAUUUAAAUAAAAUGUCAGAUGUGAUUGUGCUGCCACCUAGUGGUGCUCCCUUGCUAAGUCAGUGUGUUACUAAAUGCGCUCAAAAAACAAACUAAAAAAGAAUGGAAGAAA